AUGUGCUACAUUCUUGUUGCAGAAUUUGUGAAGGAUUGUUCAGUAACGAUGAUCCAUGUUUUCAAUAGCCCAAUCGACCCAACAUCACUGUCAGAAUUUGAAAAAGCGAAAGGCGAAGAAACUAUCUUCAAAGGAGGCACAACUGUAAAUUUGAAUGCUUUUAUGAUAAUAACUAGAAGCAGGGAUGAUGGUAUUCAGGCAACUGCUGUUUAG